UUUCGUUUGGUAUUCUUCGGCACUGGUGAUUUUGGCGCCUACAACAAUUGACGCCCGAAAUGAACCACCCCAAAAAGACAACUGGCAAGUGAACGCAGCUUUGGGGCCCACUCAGUGAGCCAAGCAGCCAGGAUGUGGCGGGUGGAGCGCAGCUAUCGCGACAGCUAUCGCGAGAAGAGGCUUUGCUGGCCGAGCCUUAGGAGAGCUGCGGGCAUGCUGAUGAAGACGGUCCUGGCAGUGCUGAGUUGCUUGGCGCCCUGGCGGCACCACUGGGCCUCCGCAGAUCUCAGCACCUUACGGCGUUUCUACCCCGAGCUGCUCGCGGAGCAUCAACUGCCACUACCCACCUGCAUGCAAGGAAAUCCCACCGUUGUGCCACCAGUGCUGGUCCCCAUGGUGCACAUGCUCCUGGCCAUGACCGAUGUGGUGCUGUUACCCAUGGUGCUGCUGGUAUGGAUUUAUGCUGCCAAGGCGACGACCCGAACGCCCGAAGCACCGCAGCUCCGGCUGGUGCGGCCGCGGUUGACGUCCAAGCGACAAGUACCCGAACAAGCGAUAGCAGGAGUUCGGGCUCUUCUGUGUGCUUGGAUGGAAGCAGUCCUUGCGACUUCUGCUCAUCGAGCUCGAGCCUUGCAAUACCUCAGUCUCCUACACUACGCCCUGCUGGGCUGCGUCUACGUGGUGCUGUCCACCUCUGGCUAUUGCUGGGUCGCCUUGUGUUUGCUGAAGCCGAUGCUCUCCACCGCACCGCUCGUGUGUGUGGGGCUCUUUGCACUCUACACCUUGCCGAUGCCGGUCGUGGCCAUGAAGCUGAUUUCCAAGGCGAAGAGCUUUUGCACCAGGGCCCCUAUGGAGAUGAGUGAAAUUCGGGCGUAUCAUGCGACUGCAGCAGAGAAUGAAGAGAGCAUCCGCCACAACGGUUUCCGCGUUUCAACGCAAGGAAUGCUGGGUCGUGGCGUUUACAUCUCACGUGAUUUGAACAAAGUCUGGGGCUACGGUGGGCAGAAUGGGGUGAUCUUUGAGCUUCGAGUUCGGGUGGGCAAGAUUUGCACCAUCGAUCGGCAACUACAUCCGAAGCAGAAUACCUGGAGCGAUGAAGCAGAUAUGGCCUACGUGCCCUACCGCUGUGGCAUGGUAGCCUCUGGACUUGAGGAGGCCUGCGUGGCCAAGGUGGCCCAGAUUAAGGUGGUCCGGACCUGGCCGAAGCGAGGUCUCGCCAUCCUACUGGUCUAUGAUCUCCUUCGAUCUCUCCUGGAUCAACUCGCAUGGCUCUAUUGCUUUCCUUGCAUUCUUCCCGGCUAUUGGGUGCCUACUAUUGCGCCCCAGGCGAAGUCCUUGGAGCCGCCCGAUUUGGAGGACUUGAGCAACUCCAAGGGUGACCAAUACUGGCGACAGGAAUGGCUCCACGCGACUGUGCCGCCGGCCUUGGCUCACAGCCUUGCACGCUGAACGCUUCUCGUGGUCGCUGCCGGUGCAGGGUAGCGCCAUGAGACCUUUUUGGCCUCUUUUGGCAGAAGAGGGUGGGCUGGAAGAUUCCAAGGUUC